AUGGAAGAACAGCAGCCGGAACCUAAAAGUCAGCGCGACUCGGGCCUCGGCGCGGCGGCGGCAGUGGCGGCGGCGGCGGCCCCCGGCAGCCUCAGCCUGAGCCUCAGCCCCGGCGCCAGCGGCAGCAGCGGCAGCGAUGGAGACAGCGUGCCGGUGUCUCCGCAGCCCGCGCCCCCCUCGCCGCCCGCGGCGCCCUGCCUGCCGCCCCUGGCCCACCACCCGCAUCUCCCCCCGCACCCCCCGCCCCCGCCGCCGCCGCCGCCGCCGCCGCCGCAGCAGCAGCAUCUCGCGGCGCCUGCUCACCAGCCGCAGCCCGCGGCCCAGCUGCACCGCACCACCAACUUUUUCAUCGACAACAUCCUGAGGCCGGACUUCGGCUGCAAAAAGGAGCAGCCGCCGCCGCAGCUCCUGGUGGCGGCGGCGGCGGCGGCCGGAGGAGGCGCAGGAGGAGGUCGGGUCGAGCGUGACAGAGGCCAGACCGGCGCAGGUAGAGACCCUGUCCACCCGCUGGGCACGAGGGCGCCAGGCGCCGCCUCACUCCUGUGCGCCCCGGACGCGAACUGUGGCCCACCCGACGGUUCCCCGCCAGCCACCGCCGGCGGAGCGGGUGCGUCCAAAGCUGGGAACCCGGCGGCGGCGGCGGCGGCGGCGGCGGCGGCUGCGGCGGCCGUAGCAGCGGCAGCAGCAGCAGCAGCGGCCAAACCUUCGGACAGCGGCGGUGGCAGUGGAGGCGGCGUGGGGAGCCCGGGAGCGCAGGGUGCUAAGUACCCGGAGCACAGCAACCCGGCCAUCCUGCUAAUGGGCUCAGCCAACGGCGGGCCCGUAGUCAAAACUGACUCGCAGCAGCCCCUCGUGUGGCCCGCCUGGGUCUACUGCACGCGCUACUCGGAUCGUCCGUCCUCCGGUCCACGCACCAGAAAGCUAAAGAAGAAGAAGAACGAGAAGGAGGACAAGCGGCCGCGGACGGCGUUCACGGCCGAGCAGCUGCAGAGACUCAAGGCGGAGUUCCAGGCGAACCGCUACAUCACCGAGCAGCGGCGGCAGACCCUGGCCCAGGAGCUCAGCCUCAACGAGUCCCAGAUCAAGAUCUGGUUCCAGAACAAGCGCGCCAAGAUCAAGAAAGCCACGGGCAUCAAGAACGGCCUGGCGCUGCACCUCAUGGCGCAGGGACUAUACAACCACUCAACCACUACGGUCCAGGACAAAGACGAGAGCGAGUAG